AUGUCCGGGUUUGGCAGUACCGGCUUCAGUGGCUUUGGCCAGUCCAAUAAUCAGCAAUCAUCUGGUUUUGGCGGCUUUGGUACGAACAACUCCAGCUCCAGUACGGGUUUCGGCUCUGGCAACACCGCGAACAGCGCUUUCGGGUCUACCAGUAACAAUAAUACUAGCGGUGGACUCUUUGGCAACACAACUGGUGCGUUCGGUGGUACAUCUUCAGGUGGCUUUGGAUCCAAUACGAAUACCAGCUUUGGAACCUCGAAACCUGCCUUCGGAGCCUCCACCUCUACUGGGGGUGGCCUAUUUGGCUCCUCUAGCAAUGCAACUAACAAUACAACCGCCAACUCUGGCUUUGGUGGCUUUGGCGCCAAUGCGACAACGAAUACGUCGUCUCCCUUCGGGGGAUCAGGCGGAAACUUGUUUGGUGCCAACAAGCCUGCCUUUGGCUCUACCACCAACACCGCUGGUGGAACUUCAUUGUUUGGUGGUGGGAACACCUCCAGCGGCUUUGGUGGCAACACUGCGACGACUGGUGGCUUUGGCGCAUCCAUGAACCCUGGAAUUGGUUCCGGAGUUGGCGAGCCGCCUGGCACCGCGCUCACGCCAUUUCAAGCGCAUCAAGAGAAGGAGCCAACCAACAGUAGCCAGUCAAACUCCUUUCAAAACAUUCUGUUCCAGGAGCCGUACAAAAAAUGGUCUGCUGAAGAACUUCGGCUUGCUGAUUAUGCUCAAGGCCGUCGCCACGGCAAUGCUAGUGGGACUGGUGCCUUUGGUGUGUCCAACUUUGGUGGCACUGGAUUCGGCUCGACAAACCAACAAAGUACGGGAUUCGGAACAGGCACUGCUUCUACUGGCGGUGGUCUGUUCGGCGCCGGCAACAACAAUAACAACACUACUUCAACAACCAGUGGCUUUGGGGGUACUGCGACGGGCGGGUUUGGAUCCGGAGGUGGUCUCUUUGGUAAUCAGCCAAAGCCGACUACUGGAGGUCUUUUUGGUGGUAAUAAUACAACCACAUCACAACCUGCACAGUCGACAGGACUAUUUGGUACGAGCUCCGGAGGCGGUUUCGGCGCUUCAAGUACAACAGGUGGAUUCGGCGCCGCCAACAAUACCACGGCCGGUGGAGGCCUUUUCGGCUCUAACACCACCAACACUAACAACGCUGCGAAUCAGAACAAACCUGCUGGCUUCAGCUUCGGAAAUACUGGUGCUACUACUGGUGGUUUUGGAAACACCAACACAAACGGCACUUUUGGGUCGAGCAAUGCCAACAAUACUGGUACUACAGGCGGGUUGUUUGGUAACAGCAGCCAGUCCACAGGCACAGGGCUCUUUGGCAACAACCAAGCGCAACCUCAGUCACAAGGCACAGGAUCGGUUUUUGGUGGUGGCGGCUUUGGCGGACAAGGUCAGCAAACAGGCUCAUCCCUAUUCGGUAACCAGCAAAAGCCUGCGACAAGUGGCGGCCUUUUUGGAGGGGGUGGAACGGCAACUACGGGCGGAUUAUUCGGCGGCGGUGGCGCUACAACUUCCAAUUCCUUUGGCGGAACCGGUGCGAACAACACGACGGGCGGCCUAUUCGGAUCCAAACCUGCCGCUUCUGGCGGAGGGUUGUUUGGAUCUAGUACGGCAGGUCAAGGGACGAACACUGGUGGGGGUCUUUUCGGAGGAAUCGGCUCGAACUCCCAGACCCAGCAAACUGGCCAGUCAUCUCUAUUUUCAUCCGCUGGUCAGAAUCAGCCUAAACCUGGCUUGUUCGGCGCAUCUCAGCCGGCUGGCAAUAGUCUCUUUGGAGGACAAAACAACCCACAGCAAGGCUUGUUCGGGAACAACAAUUCACAGCAGCAGCCGCAGGGAUCUCUUCUUGGCAAUUCCAUUCUGGGAAACUCCCAAAAUGCCAACUCUGGCCCACAGUCAUUGACGGCCAAUAUUACAGAUGUCUCAGCCUUCGGCUCGCCGUCAUUGUUUUCUAACCUCGCAAGUGCUGAAACCCCUAACCCAGGCCCAUUGGCAACGCCCCUUUCCAGCAAGUCGAAGCCGAGACGCAGCUCUAUCCUGCCUAUGUACAAAUUAAACCCCGCGUCUGCCGCCCGCUUUGUUACCCCCCAGAAGCGUGGUUUUGGAUUUUCCUACAGUACCUAUGGUACUCCUGGCGGCAGCCCAUCCAGUGCGGCUAGUACACCGGGCGGUGCCAGCCGCAGUCUGUUGGGGUCAUCAAGCCUUAAUCGAAGCUUGAGUAAAAGCGUGUCAACUAGCAACCUGAGGAGAAGCUUCAACGCCGAGGAUAGCAUUCUCGCCCCCGGCGCUUUCUCGGCGAGCUCCGGUCCUCGUUACUAUGGUAACAAUGGCAGUGUAAAAAAGCUGGUCAUCAACAAGGAUAUGCGCAGCGACCUCUUCUCUACACCGACCAAGGACAAACCUACGGCCGAUCAGCUGAACGGUUCUCGCAAACUGUCCAAAAGAGUAAGCUUCGAUACCAGCAAUGUCGAGGCUCCCCAACCCGACGAGGCCGAUGGUGCCGUAGUGUCGACACCCAGGGGUGGCAUCCUCACGCAAGCUUCGACCCCUGCGAGUAAUAGUACCAAUGGAGCCAAUUCCUCAGUGGCAGCAACUGGAGACUCAGAGCAUAGUAAGGGCAAGGAGCUUGCUAUUGUUCAUGAGGAGGAUGGUCUAACUCAGACCCAUGAAGUUGCUCAUGAUGGCUUCGACAAGGCUCCUGGCACUUACUGGAUGAGCCCUACCAAAGACGCUAUAGCCGCUAUGAACAGGAUGCAGCGCCAGCAAGUCGCAAACUUCACUGUUGGAAGAGAUAACGUUGGCUCCGUCAAGUUCAAGGUUCCGGUUGACCUGACUAACAUCGAUCUCGACGAAAUCUUCGGUGGGAUCGUCAUUCUGGAGACGCGCUCUGCCACUGUGUAUCCUAUUGCGGCCAAGAAGCCACCGGUCGGUAAAGGCUUGAACGUUCCGGCCACUAUCUCAUUGGAGCAGUCCUGGCCACGCGGAAGAGAUAAGCGCCCCAGUAACGAUGCCAAAAAGUUCAGCAAGCAUGUCGAACGGCUGAAGCGAAUCGAAAACACUACUUUUGAGGAAUACAAUCCUGAUACUGGGGUCUGGAAGUUCUCUGUGGAGCAUUUCACUACAUACGGGCUGGAUUAUGAUGAGGAUGAGGAUGAACCCGAACAUCAUGAUGGAAUUUCAGCUCUUGAACCUUCCUCUCAAAUUCACUCUUCCCAGCAAGGCCUUCAUGAAUCUGAAUCUAGCCCUGGGGACGAUGAUACUUUCAGUUUCCGCAGAAACAAGCGUCGUGCCCUUCCUGGUGCUUUUGAUUACCGAGAUGAAGAUUUCGGCGAAGUCGAAGACGACAGUGCGUCACGCCGUUUUCAGAGCCAGCCUUUUUUAGGGGAUAGCUUCGCGGGUUCGACGUCCAAUGCGCUGGUUCUUUCUACGGAAGGCGAAACGGUUGCUGAUCAGGACACCGGAUAUGGAAUGUUUGAGGACGAGAAUAUGGCGGGCACUCCUCUCAGACACCAUCUUGCCGCGGAGCAAACAGUAGACUCGCCUGAGGGUGACAUGAUUGUCCCAGCAAGCGAGACCCCCGGAGGCAUUCUCCGAGCGAGAAUGCGAGCCCUAAAGGGUUCAGCUACCCCUAUGAAACUUCAGGUUGCUGGCGGAGACGAAUGGAUCGACAUGCUGCAGCGGUCUGUGAGUCCCAAAAAAAGAGACCGAUCAUUUUUGCGGAGCGUGAACGAGACAGCUUUAAUAUCUACUACGGAUGAAUCAGAAACAGGCCACAAAGGCCGUGUCGUGUCAGACGGACGAGGCUUCGCAACAAGCAUCGAUCUUAUGAACUCGUUGUUUGAGAAAGCCAAGGCUCCAGCUGCUCCAGCGCCGUCGAGAGGAUUUGUUCAGGUUGGUGAAUACUUCAUGGUCUAG